CACAAACUAUCACAUGCUAUGAAGAGUUUUAUUGACCACUUAUCUACAACUGACAAAGACAAAAGAGAUUUUUUCCUAAAGUGGAUAGAACUUCAGCUUAAUGCACAUUUGCAGACUGCCAUUCAACUACCUUUACUGCGUCACAAGUUGGCAGAGCAGAGCAACAAAGAGGAGAAAAACAUGAAAGAGAUUGCAGAGCUGGAUCAGGCUUUGCUGGAUAGCUCUUUAGUACUAGAGCAUUACAUGAGAGAGAUGGGGCUGAUCUAUGAGUUUUCCUUGCAGUCACGAGACACUGCUGAUGAAAUAUCUCGUCUCCCUGGUUUGGCUGCUGAAAUGCUGUUGGAUGGAUAUCCUUUAGAGCUCUUAGAUGGAGAUGCUUCUAACAUCCCAGAGAGAUGGGUGACAGAUGUGCUAAUGGAGCUUCACAAGAAGGUUGGAGAGAAGAGCAGACUGUUGGUACUGACGGUGUUGGGUGUUCAAAGUAGUGGGAAGUCAACACUCCUCAACACCAUGUUUGGUGUGCAGUUUCCUGUCAGUAGUGGCAGAUGCACAAGAGGAGCUUAUAUGCUCUUCCUCAGAGUAAGUGAGGAUAUACAAAGGGACUUGAACUGUGACUUUAUACUUCUCAUUGACACAGAGGGUCUUAAAUCUCCUCAUUUGGAACAACUAGAGGACAGCUAUGAGCAUGACAACCAGCUGGCAACCUUUGUCAUUGGCUUAAGUGAUGUCACCAUUAUCAAUGUCUCAAUGGAGAACUCAACAGAAAUGAAAGAUAUCCUGCAAAUUGCAACACAUGCUUUCUUGAGAAUGAAGGAAAUUGGUAAAAAGCCAGUUUGUCAUUUUGUGCACCAGAAUGUUGGUGGAGUCUCAGCUCACGCAAAAACCAAGGCCGAUAGAAAACAUUUCUUGGACCAGCUCAAUGAAAUGACUCAAAUUGCAGCCGAAAUGGAAAAGCAGCCCGCUAUAAAAGCUUUCACAGAUGUGCUGGACUAUGACAUGGAAAAAAACAACUGGAACAUCCCAGGACUCUGGCAUGGGACCCCACCAAUGGCACCAGUAAACACAGGUUACAGUGUAGCUGUAGCAGGUUUAAAGAGACAGGGAAAGGAGACAAACACUAUGAGGUGUCACAAAUCCCAGAGUUUCUAG